AAAUUAAUCGGAAGUAAAUGCUUAUUUGAUGAGGAAUGCUAUGGUAUAAACACGGUUUGUCGUGAUCAACGUUGUACUUGCCCAACCAACUUCGAGGAGUAUGAUAUCGAUUCACAAACAACGCAUCAAAUUGCUUUUGUAGCAUGCCCGAGUGGACAGCAGUUGUAUGGAGUUGAAUGUCAGCGGGUUGCACAUUGGGGACAAGCAUGCGACAAAGAUAGUCAAUGUAUAGAUGUUUUCAAUGCGUGCAUUGCUGGAAUAUGUCAAUGUUCACCCGGAACAUCAAGAGAUAUCAUGAAACAAAUGUGCUUCGCGGGUAUCUUCUUUCAUUUUACAUCCGCUCUCUUUACAAGUAUAAUCUAUCGUAAAAUCACAUUCCAAUAUUUGAUUUCAGUAUGCCCAGACGGUACGAAAGCACGUCAAAGCUGUCGUCGUUUGUUCAUAAACGAUAUUGAUAUGCUCGAAAAUGCAGCUUCAACUGAUAGUUGUCCACUAGGUUAUCGUUGUGUCACUUACGGUAGUCCAUAUGUUGGGCAUUGCUGCCGUUUGAGAUGUCCUUAUGGUGAACCUGAUUUAACGCAGUCGUGUGAUAGGGGAGCGCCAGAAGAUGAACGUUGUCGGCCGUUGACACAUCACUGUUAUACGGUUACAGAGCCUGGUUGGAAAUCGAGCUUGUGCUGUCCGAAACCAUGCAGAGAGCCAACACCACUCUUUAUAAACAAUCAGUGUCUGAGUAUAGCGCAUCGAGAUGAUCCUUGUCAAAUUGAUCAACAGUGCGAAGGAGGUGUGAAGAUGAGUUGUGUUCUGGGCACAUGUCAAUGCAAGCUUGGUUUUCAUGCGAGUAACGAUGACCGUUUCGCAACAUGUCAAAAGACAUGCCCAAUCGACGAAGUCGCUGUUACUGACAAAUGUCUUCGUCACGUUCAACUAGGACAGCAGUGUGUUACAAAUAGACAGUGCCCUAAUUUUUCUGAAUGUCGAUUUGGUAGUUGUCGAUGCCUGUGUGGCUACAAACAGGAUUCGUUGAUUGGGACUCGUUGCACCAAUCCGGAUGAUCCGUUCAGUUUGAAUGCUAUUUUAACGGGUGUUGAACAGGUGUUCGGAGGAAAAUCACGACCUUCAUGA